AUGGACAACAAAACCUUUGUCUCAGACUCCCUUAUCCGUCUGACUGGCGCGUCUGACCCGACCGUCAUCGAUUUCGUCCUCGCGACCGCCAGCUCGUCGAAGUCGCCUUCCUCCCUCCAAGACACACUGAUAUCCUUCCUCGACAGCCCGGAAACCAGCUCGACUGACAUCGGUGCAUUUGCUCGAGAGCUUCAUGGCCGCCUGGGCAAGGGCGCACAGCCCAGCGCAUCGUCCUCCAAGCCUGCAGCUUCAAAGGAAUCCUCGAAAAAGAAGUACCGUUUAUUGGAUAUGGGCGAGGAUCAACCAGACCCGGCCGCUUCUCUAGGACCUACAAACGUCGAGGCAGAUCGGGAGCGACGGAGAAGACGGGACAAUGACCAUGAGAGGAGCAGAGAGAAGCGAGACUCCGAAAGGAAUCGCGCAGCCAAGGACGAUAGCCGGAAGCGAGAUCGAAGUCGAGAUGCAGAGAGUCGUGACCGGCCGCGCACGAAGAAACUGCGUAAGAAGGACUCCGAUGACUUUGAGGACCGAUGGGGUGACGAGGAGAUCCCGGAAGACGAGAUGUACCCCGAAGAGGUGUUCGAGGAAUCUGCCCCGAAGCGCACGAGACUCGACGAUGGCUUUGCUUCCCCUCGUUCCGCCUCUCCUGCAGACGAUGUCGAUCCUCGGACUCAGGAAGAGAUCGAUCGCCAACGAGACCUCCGUGAACGAGACGAGUUCGCGAAACGAUUGGCCAAUAAGGAUGACAGCAAAACGAAAAAGAUUGUUGAGGAUCGUACGCGCGACGGCGAGGCUGCACGUCGGCGUGCCCUGGGCGAUGAUGCUAGAGCGCGGGCUGAGAUGAUGCCCGAUCUGCGCGAGAGAUCUCGACAGGAAUACUUGAAGAAGCGUGAAACCGAGCGAUUGGCGCUACUACGACGACAGGUUGUGGAGGAAGCCGCGGAGUUGCGCGAGAACCCGAAUCUCUCGUAG